AUGAUGGUAAUUUCUUUUUUCAGAAUAAUUGAAUACAAAAAAUAUUGUAUUGUGCCAGAUGUAAUAACAAGUGCGUUAAGCAAAUCACUUAACAACUUUAAUCGUAUAACUCUUAUCUUGCAUGCUAGCUAUGAUUAUUUUAAUGAUCGAAUAUUAUCUCAGGUCGACGCUUGGGAUGGUCCAAUUUCGCUCUCCAUUUACAUUCAUUCUAUCAAAUCGUCAAAAAGGCUUUCGAUGUAUUUGCAAAAGGUCAGUGAUUGCAUAAGUUUGCAUGAUGACAAAGCUUAUCGUGCAAUACCACCUUUUCUUCUAAACAUUCGGAAUUAUUCAUCGCAAAUAGAAAAUAAAGUAUCAGUUCAUGCAUUUUUUUAUUCCAAUAAUAAAUGUGACAUCGAAAAAAUAAAUGGACGAGACGAUUUGCAAUGGAAUUUUACUGAACACGUAUACCCAAUAAAUGUUGCAAGAAAUAUUGCGCGUAUGAUGGCUAGAACUAAAUAUAUACUGUUAGGUGAUUAUGACUUUAUAUUCUCGGAGAGUUUUGAACGAGACAUUUCGAAAUUGGCUGAUAAAAUAUUAAUUAGAAAUCCAAAAACGGUGCUUGCAUUUCGAAUAUUUGAGGCAGUAGGCAGCGGUUUAAGAGUUCCUCGAAAUAAAAGUGCACUUUAUAAAGCUUAUAAAAAUGGAACAGCAAUUGAAUUUCACGCUAUUUACGCGAAAGGAGCACAUUCAAUACCAGAACUUGAGAGUUGGUUCCAAUCGAAGAACCACAGUGAACCGUCGACGAGUAUUACGCUGCGAUACAACCGAGCCUCAUGGGAACCGCAAUUUGUUUCAUUAACAUCAAUUCCUUUCCACGAUGAAAAUUUUCCUUAUCCUAUAAGAGACAAUACCGAACUUAGGUGGGAAAUGUGUCGAUUGAAUUAUACUUUUAUAUUGGUCAAUGAUCAUUUUAUGGUUCAUCCUGGAAUCAAACGAUACAGUGGAAUGGCAAGAAAACGGUACAAAAAAACAGCUCAAAUUAUGUUUCAAUCGGCCAUUAAAAAAUUUAGGCAAAGAAUGGAUAUGUGCUGCCCAGAAACGAAAAAAUUAUGUCCAAAGUUUUAG